AUGAAGCGUUUCCUCAGCACCAUCAACAAGCAGCGUCCGGGCGCCGGCCCCUCGGGCGACGCCCCUACAUACGCCGAAGACUCGCCGGAGAGCAUUGUCCUCAGAGAAGUGAAUGCUUUUUGCCAGGAGGGUCAAGGUCCAAACCAGCCGCAAGGAGAAGAGUUCGUCCAUCUGCCUGGUAUCGUCGAGAGUGCCGAGUCCAGCCCCAAUGCCGCGCGCGAAGCCGCCCAUCUCCUCCGGAAACUGCUGUCGUCGCCGAACUCGACGGCCGCCAAUAUUCAGUACAAUGCGGUGAUGCUGAUUCGCAUCCUGAUUGAUAACCCUGGUCAUACCUUUACGCGGAACUUGGAUGCUAAGUUUACUGCGACGAUCAAGGAACUCCUUCGUACAGAGAAGGAUAUGGGUGUGCAGCAGUUUGUCCGCGAGACUCUCGAUGCUAUGGAAUCGCAGCGCCAGUGGGAUGAGGAUCUCAAACUGCUUGUAGAGAUGUGGCAGAAGGAGAAGCUUAAGAUGAACAAAGCUUACAAUAACUCAAAGGGUAAUCGAUCAAGCACUUGGCGACGGACCCCUUCGCGCCAGAACUCGGAUACUAAUAAUAACGUGGUUAUCCCCGAACGUACCGAUAGCUUGCCGCAGCCCGCCGAGCUUGUUUCUCGUGUUUCCGAGGCGAAGACUUCGGCGAAGCUGCUAACGCAGUUCGUCCAAUCGACGCCACCGGCCGAGAUGCUCUCCAACGACCUCAUCCAGGAAUUCUCCGGUCGGUGUCGAAGAGCAUCCCGCGCUGUGCAGAACUAUAUCCAUGCGACAAAUCCUCCUCCCGAUGAGGAUACUCUGCUGACGCUGAUUGAGACGAACGACGAACUGUCCGUGGCGCUCUCCAAGCACCAGCGCGCUAUGCUGCAGGCGCGAAAAGCACUCGGUCAACAAACGCCGCCAACUGAGUCGGCUGCGCAGUCGCCGUCGGACUCAGACAAUCAAUACCCGAAUGCAAACGCACGCCCUGUUCCUCCGCCUCCCGUGCCAGAGCGGUCUCGAACGCCUCCCCAGUUUGAGCCGAUAUCGCCAGUGUCUCCUGAGCUUACCCACCAGCCAUCUACUGCGAGGACCGAGGUGACGGAUAUCUCAUCGAUUAGUGGUACUACGGGGGCGCCUGCACCAACCGGUCGGUAUGAAUAUCGGUCGGAGGAUUACCAGGUGCAAAACCCGUUUGCAGACAACUACAGUAUCCCUCCAACCAUGCCGGCACACUCCGAAGAGAGUGAUAUUGAUCGGGCGGACGAGCGAAACCGAUGGAAUGGGGCCCAGCAGCCGGCCCAACAGCACCAGCAGCACAUUUAG